GCAUCAACCCACGAACCCAGCCAACAUUCAGUUUGUUGUUGUUUGUUGUGCUGCCUGUUGCUUGCUGUCUACAGUUUUCAGUGUCGUAGUACUUGUUUUGCUGACCGGUUCGAACAUGUGCGAUUCGCGUUGGACAUCGCCACAAUAGAUUAUUAUUCAUUCUUCAAUUGUAGUACGAAUGUAUUUGUGAAUUUUACUAGCUGUAGUGUCGAUUAUAAGAACUGUGAUUGAGUUUCACUCUUGAAAACUAACCAGCAAAAUGGAUUAUCCACCCGCAGUGGCCAACAUAAACCAUCUAAUCCAGAGGCCACCGGUUGAUAUAGAGUUCACAGAUCUCACCUAUACAGUUCCUCAUGGGAGAAGUGGUUCAAAGAUUAUCCUUAGAAGUGUGAGUGGUUUAUUCAAGUCGGGACAAUUGACUGCUAUCCUGGGACCCUCAGGAGCCGGGAAAAGCACACUUCUAAAUGUACUAGCUGGAUAUAAGUGUGCAGAUUCUACCGGCUCCAUCCUAGUCAAUGGCCGCCCUCGAGCUCUGCAACAGUUUCGCAAAUUGUCACGCUACAUAAUGCAGGAGGACAUGCUUCAGCCCCGCCUAACAGUGCAGGAAUCCAUGCUGUUUGCUGUCGACUUGAAGCUUGGAACCACCAUUUCACGGGAGGAAAAGCUGGAUACUAUUGACGAGAUUCUGAACAUGUUGAGGCUUUCAAAAACGAAGAACACUCUGUCUGGUCACUUGUCUGGUGGAGAGAAGAAGAGACUGUCCAUUGCUCUCGAACUGGUGAACAACCCACCUGUUAUCUUCCUUGAUGAACCAACAACUUCAGUGGUUGAAGUAUCUAGUGGAGAGUAUGGUGAUUAUCUGGAGAGAAUGACUAAUGCCAUUGAGAAUGGGAGGUGCUAUAAGUGGAAUCAGAACAAAGUCACUGACGUCCGAUACCAAGCAAAUGAAGAGGAAGAGAAUCUAGUCAGUACUGAUCUCCAUCACAUGUACAAUUUCGAAAGUUCAGCGUGGUUACAGUUUAGGAUAUUAAUAAGUAGAAUGUCUCUACAAGGUAGAAGAGAUAUGGGAUAUAUUAUAUUGAAAUUAGCAAUGCAUAUUUUCAUAGGAAUGAUUAUUGGAGGGAUGUUUUUCCAAAUCGGCAAUGAUGGCUCGAAGACUAUUUUCAAUUUUGGUUUCUGUUUUGUUACGAUUAUCAUUUUCUUGUAUAUACCAAUGAUGCCAGCGCUCUUAUGGUUUCCUCAAGAAGUGCAGUUAUUGAAAAGAGAAUUCUUCAAUAGAUGGUAUGAUCUAAAUCCAUACUUUUUCGCCAUGACAUUCUGUCAGUUGCCGUUGCAAAUUGUUUUUGGAAUCGGCUAUGCACUGUUAACGUACUUCAUGACAGAUCAGCCAAUGGAGUAUGAGAGAGUUCUCAAAUUCAUUCUGGUGUGCCUGAUGAUCUCCAUUGUGUCAGAAGCCAUGGGCUUGGCAAUAUCUGCUCGUCUCAAUAUUGUCAACGGCAUUUUCGUGGGACCAGCCGUUUCAGUUCCUUUGAUGUUACUGGCCGUGUACGGCCUAGGCACGGGGAGCAAAUACAUCCCUUCGCACAUCCGUUUCGCCAUGUACUUCAGCUACCUGCGCUACGGACUGGAAGGCCUCAUAUCGUCCAUCUACGGCGGCGGACGCACCAAAAUGGUCUGUCCCGACUCCGAGAUCUACUGCCAACUGCGCGAACCUAAAGCGCUGCUCAAGGAGGUUGGCAUGGAGGACGUCAACUAUUGGUUAGACAUUGCUGCGUUGGCAGUUUCUUUCCUGGUCUUCAAGGUCAUAUGCUAUGUGCUCUUGAGGAGGCGUUUGAAGUCCACGCAAUCGUUUGGCGCACUCGGGUUUAUCGGCAGAUUUAUCAAGACCCAUUUCAAUCUAGCUGGAAAUAUAGGAAGGUAAUACACGGAUGUUCCAAAGCUCAUCACACUAUUUUCAUAUGAUGAUUCCAGAUACUCUAUGAGAUGAAUAGUAUCAUAAGAUAUUAUAAUAUCAUUAUCUUAUACUAGAUACUCUAUGAUAAAUAGUAUCAUAAAGAUAUUAUAAUAUCAUUAUCAUAUCUCAAUUUAGAUAUUUAUGCUGGAUAGUAGUAAUCAUAACUCAGAUACUGUACUCUAUGUUGAAUAAUAGUUAUCACAUCUCAAUUAUUAUUGUUAUAUAUACGAAACCUUGAUUUUUCCGAUAGUAUGAAACAUACCGAAAGACUGUAUGAUUUUAACGCUAAUUUUCAAUAAAUCGCAAUAUUUCCAUACGUAGAUACUUUAUGAUGAAUAGAAAUCAUCAUAAAUCUCAAUUAUUACUUCGGAACCAGGAUUUUGUGUAGGUACUAUAUUUUUGGUUUUGUAGUUGGUAUCUAUAAAACUGGAUGUAGCCUUUUUAAAGCUAAUUUUUAAGAAAUCUCAAUAUUUUCUUGCAUGGAUAGAUUACUUUAUGAUGAAUAGUACGGUACCGUAGUCAUCAAUACUAUUACUUCCAGGAUUUCGUUUACUGUAUUUGGUUUUGUAGUUGGUAAAACUACUAUAAAUCUGGAUGUAGCCUUUUUAAAGCUAAUUUUUAAAAAAUCUCAAUAUUUUCUUGUAUGGAUACUUUAUGAUGAAUAGUAGUCAUCAAUUAUUUUUCCAUGAUUACGUUUACUGUAUUUGGUUUUGUAGUUGGUAAAACUACUAUAAAACUGGAUGUAGCCUUUUUAAAGCUAAUUUUUAAGAAAUCUCAAUAUUUUCUUGUAUGGAUACUUUUUGAUUAAUAGUAGCAUCAAUUAUUAUUUCCAUGAUUACGUCUACUGUAUUUGGUUUUGUAGUUCGUUUCUAUACAAUUGGAUGCCCCUAUUUAUUUUGUUGUAUUUUGUGAUAUGUUUUAUGAACUCUCAUUUUUGAAUAUGAUUCAACAUUGAUAUAAUAAUAAUAAUUCUUCAGUUAAAAUUACACUAUGAAAAGAGAAAUAUUUUGAAUUUUCUUCAUAUAGAUGUGAAAUAAAAAGGAUAUUGUCAUUUUCACAUAAUUUAUUUGAGCCAAACUUAAGUUUCAAUGCACUAAGGCAUCUUUAUGAGUAGUAUUUUUUUGGUUAGACUUAGUGCAUUAAAACUUAAGUUUGGCUCAAUUAAAAUAUGUGGAACUGAAAAUAGGAGUGCA